UAGCAACAGGGUGGCCCAAGCUCCAAGCUUUAUGUCCAUGGCAGCUAAGAAAGCGUUGGCGUCAUUCCCCAAAGUUUUGCUUGAUGAAGUGGAGAAAUGGGGUGGGAGGAAGCAGACUGGUGUGAGCUUGAGGUACAUGACCAAGUUUGGGUCUCAACCUACAAGCAGAAACUUGGUCUUUUCUGCUCAAUUCCUCCACAAGGAACUUCCAAUUAGGAUUGCCAGGAGAACCCUUGAGCUCCAGAGCUUGCCCUUUGGCUUGUCCCAGAAGCCUGCUGUCCUCAAGGUUCGAGACUGGUAUUUGGAGUCAUUCCAUGACAUCCGAUCCUUUCCUGAGGUCAAGGAUACUAGUGAUGAGUUGGGUUUUACGAACAUGAUCAAGAUGAUUAAAGUGAGGCAUAACAAUGUGGUCCCUAUGAUGGCUUUGGGUGUUCAACAGCUGAAGAGCGAUAUUAAUCCAAAAGCCCGAAAGCUUGAUGAGAUCCAUCAGUUUCUGGAUAGGUUUUACAUGUCAAGAAUUGGAAUUCGUAUGCUUAUUGGGCAGCAUGUGGCGCUGCAUGAUCACAAUCCACAACCUGAUUGUGUAGGCUGUAUACAUACUAAGGUGUCCCCUAUGGAUGUUGCACGGAAUGCCAGUGAGGAUGCCCGUGCUAUUUGUUUACGAGAGUAUGGGAGUGCUCCUGAUGUUAACAUAUAUGGGGACCAAUGUUUUACUUUCCCUUAUGUUCCAACACACUUGCACCAGAUGGUAUUUGAGCUGGUUAAGAAUUCCUUGCGUGCUGUCCAAGAGCGGUUCAUGGACUCAGACGACAUUGCACCUCCAGUUCGAAUCAUUGUUGCAGAUGGACUAGAGGAUGUUACAAUUAAGAUCUCAGAUGAAGGGGGUGGCAUCCCAAGAAGUGGCCUUCCCAAAAUUUUUACGUAUCUUUACAGUACUGCAAGAAAUCCAUUAGAUGAGAACUUAGACCUUGCAUCAGCUGAUAGAGUGACAAUGGCUGGAUAUGGAUGUGGGCUUCCAAUAAGCCGUCUAUAUGCUCGGUAUUUUGGAGGAGAUCUGCAAAUUAUUUCCAUGGAAGGAUAUGGGACUGAUGCUUACCUUCAUUUGUCACGCCUGGGAGACUCAGAGGAGCCCCUGCCAUAGUUGGGGUGCCCCAAGUCUGUUCCUCAGACAGCAUAUACUAGGAGUCAAGAAAUAUGAUGCCAAGACUUGUACAUUCUGAAUAGA